CCCCCCCCCUCUAACCUAACCUCGUUUGCAAAUCGGUGCCUUGAUUUCAACCAUGGCGUUUGGCACUAGACCUAGAUCUAGAAUGAGUUCUUGUGAUGUUGGAUAAAACUUGUGCAAAUAUACGGUUCUUUAUUGACUCUAGGUGUAGAUCUACAUCUAGUCUAAUUAGAAGCACACUUUUUAUUUUUAAGAUUUAUUCUAGAUCUUUGGAUAUCUAGACCAGGUCUUUGAUAAUAGUCAGAGUCAGUGAAUUCUAAUCUGGAUACAUAGAUCUACGAUAACAACAACAAUGGAUAGAAGCUUUCAUAGGAAAAAUAAACGUCGGAAGACCCUUGUUUUGGUCGACUCAACACUUGUUUAUUCUUUUUUCUCUUGGAUACUCAUUACAAGUUCACAUGUAGAUUUAACAUGCAGUGCUCAGGUAUCAAGGUCACUGCCAGACUUCACAUUCAGGGAGCAGCCAACCUCUGUGGUGGCCGAGGAGGACAAGUCAGCCAGGUUCCACUGCCAAGCCAACUAUACAGGUGCAGAGAAGCCGGUGAUCAGGUGGUACAAGAAUGGAGAACAGAAUCAGCUGGAGGACACGGCUAGAAGAUACAUGCUGUCCAAUGGCACCCUGUACUUUAAGAUAGUCUCUCAUCUCAAGUCCUACAUAGAGUCUGACCAGGGAGACUACAGGUGUUCAGCUACUGUGCCAUCCUUGGGGACUAUAGUUAGUAGAAAGGCCACUCUCACCAUAGCAUAUAUCCCUAAACACUUUGAAGUGGAGCCCAAAGAUCUUCAGGUUUCUCUUGGAGACUAUGCUGCCUUUGAGUGCUUGAUCAAUGGACAACCACCAGCUAAAGUUACCUGGUAUAAAAAGUCCAACAAACUCAAUACUCCCUUGGCUAAAGUAUUUCCAACAGGUCUACUUGAGUUGGGACCUAUUACCCUAGGUGACUUUAGCUCUUAUGCUUGUGAGGCUGAGUCCCAUGAACAUUCUCGUACUAGUCGCAUGGCUAAUCUGACACAGAUAUCUGGCUUUGAUGCAAGACCCAGCGCUCCAAAGUUUAUAAUUAGACCCAGGGACCAGAAGGUGGUUAAAAAUGAAAGGGCUUAUCUCCACUGUGUGGCCUAUGGUCGAGACAGACUAGGCAAUACUCCUGUGAUAUCAUGGCUCAAAGACGGCAGCACCAUCUUGUUACAUGGGAAAAAUAGUUCCUCUGUCAGCAUGGAAGGUUCUGGGACGCUGGUCAUCACAAAUGCCAGUGAAUCAGAUGCAGGGGUGUACACAUGUAGGGCAGUCAAUUCUGAAGACUCUGUGGAUGCUGAUGCUUCACUCACUGUCUCAGUACCACCUAGAUUUAAAGUGACACCAAAGAGCAUGCAAGGGGAAACACAGUCAGAUCUAACCCUCCAGUGUGAAGCAGAAGGGAUGCCGCAACCAGUGAUUUCCUGGAUGAAGGAUGGUGAGCCCAUCAAACCCCAGGAUUACUUCCUUGUCUUGCCUGGAGGAAGCCUCAAAAUCCUUGGUCUGCUCCCCACUGACAAGGGCAUGUACCAAUGCUUUGCCGAGAAUGAAUUAGGCCAGGCCCAGGUGGCAGCAUACCUUGACGUCAUCAGCAAAGACUCACCCCUCCCUUCCAAAUCCUACCCCUACGCCUUACCAGCAGGUGCCUUGUACUCAGAGAGCUACUCCCAGCCCCCGGUGCCAAUCAACUUGAAGGCAGCUCUGGUCUCCCCUAGAUUCAUCACCAUCACCUGGGACUUGCCAGAGAAGCCUGAAGCCAAGGAUGUCACCCAGUACUUUGUUGUAUGGAGAGAAGCUGGAUCUGAAAGGCAACGCACGAGUAACACUACAUCUCGGGAGUUUAACAUUCAGGGUCUGAAGUCAAGGACAAAAUAUGAGAUACAUGUCAGAUCUUACAACAGCAAGGGUGUUAGUCAGGAGGAGGCCAAGCUUACUGUCACCACUGGUCAAGAUGCCUCAGUGCCCAGUCCACCAAUGAAUUUACAAGCAAUACCCAUAUCCUCAGCUGAGAUCCAUAUCAAGUGGGAACCUCCUCUGGAGCCCAAUGGAAUUAUCAAGUCCUACUUUCUCUUUUAUUACAAGGUGGGUUCCAAGGUGGAGUCUGAAGUCACUGUCAGCAAUAGUACCACAAGUUAUACCAUGAGAAAUUUGAGGACUUUUAAGGAGUACAGCGUUCGAGUUGUUGCAGUCAAUGAAAAUGGGCAUGGCGCCAGUACCUCUGAAGUGUUGGCCAGGACAUACUCAGGGACACCCUCAGAAGCACCUCGUAACUUUACAGUGGUAGCAACAAAUUCAAAGAGUCUCAGACUAAGUUGGCUGCCACCUCCUGAGGAUGCUCAGAAUGGUAUCAUCACUGGUUACAAGAUAAGGUACCGAACCAAAGGGCUGGACCAUAAGAAUGCUGAGACACUGUCUACAGAUGGGGAGAGGAAAAACUAUGCCCUAACUAACUUGCAGGAAGGCACUGAGUACCAGGUCCGGAUAGCUGCCAUGACCAUUAACGGGACUGGACCCAACACUCCCUGGGAGACAGUCACUACUUUCAAAGAAGAUCUUCAAGAAAAUGAUGUUCCUGGAGUUCCUGCCCUUCUGAUAGCACAGACCAAGGCCAAUUCUAUUUUGGUCUCCUGGGCACCCCCAUCACCUCAUAGUAAGAUAUUAGUCAGAGGUUAUGUGCUGGGCUAUGGUAAGGGUAUAGCUGAUGUCUACAAGCAUACACUGGAUGCCAACUCCCAAGAUUUUCAUAUAAAAAAUCUACAACCCAAUUCCCAGUAUGUCAUUUCCAUCAGAGCGUUCAAUUACAAAGGUCAAGGUCCUAGUAAAUAUGAAACUGUCAAUACACCCGAGGAGAUGCAUGAGGAGCAGGUCACUCCCAUGCUGCCUCCUGUUGGUCUGAAAGCUCAUGUGUUGUCAUCCACCACCAUCAUGCUUACAUGGUCAGACAACUCACUGAGCAGGAAUCAGAGAAUCAUGGAUGACCGCUACUACACUAUCAAAUACAGGCAGCUGAAUCUCAAGAAUAGCAAGUUCAAGUACAUCAAUGCCACAGAUCUAAACUAUCACAUUGAAAGCUUGCGACCUCACACCGAGUAUGAGUUCAUGGUGAAAGUCAUUAAAGGUCGCCGUGAGUCAGACUAUAGCAUGACAGUGGUCAAUAAAACAGAGGAAUCUGCACCUUUGUCUGAGCCAAGGGAUGUCACCCCUGUUGGUCUGGAGAAGAAUCCAUUCGCUGUGAGCUUGAACUGGCAGCCCCCAUUGCGCCCCAAUGGCCAGAUCACUGGCUACCUUAUUUAUUACACACAUGAUGAGCAUACCAAUGACAUGCUGUGGCCAAUGGAAGGGGUGGUUGGUGACAAGUUGUCAACAGUUAUAGAUAAACUAACACCAGACACCAGGUACCACUUUAAAGUCCAAGCCAGAAAUUCCAAAGGGCUUAGUCCAAAGUCUGAAACAGCUACUUACAGGACCCCACCGAAGACACCCACUGGUCAAGAGAACACAGAGACUGAGAAGGGCCUGACCACUAAUGUCAUCAUCAUCAUUGCUGCUUGUGCUGCUGGUUUUGUAUUCUGCACCGUUGUUAUUGUCAUCAUUGUCUGUCUGUGUCGCUGGCAUGGUGGCAGAUCCAACAACUUGGAUAAAAGUCAAAGCAAAGUGACCAAAAUCCCUCCACCCAGUGUCAAGCCACCUGACCUUUGGAUCCACCAGCCAAGCCACUUAGAGUUACAGAAUAUGGAAAGGUCUAACCGGAGCGAGAGCUCUGCGUCAGUGGCUACUAGCACAUUGAGACGCGGUUCCAGGGGCUCCGCUGAUCAGACUGAUGACCAAGCUUCAACCCUGGACAGGAGGAGGAACUCUUUCAUAGAUGACAGAGGUUACCCAUCUAGUGGAGAGGAAAGAUAUCAGCCUAUUCAAUCUAGGAACCUCAUUCGUCCAAAGCCAGUCGCUUUGCUUCCUGAGGCACAGUUUUCAUUGAGGGAACCCAUACCCACAGUGACCCCAGGCUCCAAUGGUCACAUAUUACAGUAUGGAGACAACACAGGCAGCCAAAUACCAUUGAGGCCUGUGUACCCCAGAACCCAGUACAACACGCAGUAUCAGAGUGCUGCCAGGGUCAACGCUGGAGACUUACCCCACACUUGUCCACCAACCAGCAAAAUCCUGUGUGCUGUUGAUGAGGAUGAUGGGAGCCUGGAGAUGUCUGGAGGCAUGGAGGAGUCUUUCAACUCCAGGAUUGGUUAUGUGAAACCCCAACAAAGCAUCAGUCCUUACAAGAAGCCCACAGCGCCAGUCAUGUCCACGCCAAACAAAGGGUCAAGAACUCCCAUCUCAUUCAAUUCCAAAUCUCCAGACCUAAAAAGUAAAAAAGAUGAUGCUGAUCUCUCAAAAUCCUUGAGUACAGAGGAGUUGACAGCAGAGAUGGCCAACCUUGAGGGCUUGAUGAAGGACCUUAAUGCAAUAACACAGCAAGAGUUUGAGUGCUAGCAUUGGAUGGGGCUUGAUGAAUACAAUUAAUUGAGGCUUUUUGGAUAGCAAUUGGUCUAUAGAGAAUCAUUAACUCUUUCUUUCCUAAUUAACAAUAUCAUCAUUGAUUUGACCCCAUUAACUUGAUAUUAUUAAAUAUAAUUUUCUGUUUUAUAAAAAGAGCAUGCAUUCUCCUAAAAUUCUAUACCAAAAUUAACGUUUUCUGAUUACAAACAAAGAUGUUAUUGAAUUUUUAUCAUAACAGGGUAGAAUGUACAAAUGUCAAAAAAUAACUAUUCUGUCAGAACAUGGAAAAUAAUUAUGGAGAUAAAGAGUUAAGGUGAUUGGUAUUUAAAAACAGAAUAUUGUUGGAGAAGACGUCAGGAUUAUAAGGAAAAAAAGAAAAAAAGACAGGCCAUUGAUGAAACAGGAAACACCCACCGAGGUUGUGAAAGAAAAAAUUGUUUAAGUGUACUGUGCUUGAAGGAUAAUAGUCAUUCUGUUAUUAAAUGGUCGCAUAAAGAUGGUUAGUGAAGAUUUGCUAUCUUAAGUAAAAAUGGGUUAUAAGACAGUUGUUUGAAGAUUAUCGUCUGUUUACAGAUGUAUCCAAGUUAGUAUUCUGUUGUACCAGUAGGCUCAUUGUGUCCAACGGUGACAGUGUUCAGUGAAGAAAGUGAGUUGCUGACUGAUGUGAUGAUGACAACUAUUCACACCAUUUCUCCAGUGCCUCAUUGACUUAGUGUGUAAAUGAUGUGUAGACUUCACAUAGUGUGUAAAUGAUGUGUAGACUUCACAUAGUGUGUAAAUGAUCUGUGCGUAGAGAGAAUAGACUGACUUCUGUGAGACUAAUGAAAUGACUAAAUGAGUACUGUGUGUUGCAUGUGAAGGGAGAAGAAGGUUUCCUUGUGUGUGAUCAGAAUGAAACUUUAAUUACAUUCAACAAUUAUGACAACUCAUUGCCCCAUCUAUCACUGAUGUUAAAACAAGCCCAGGUUAACUUUGAAAUAUCCCAAUGUAAAGAGGUGAAUGCACUUGAUAUUACUUUCACCUGUCUGCUGAUGUUCAUAUGCUUGCCAUGACUUAUUUGCAUCAACAAAAAGAUUACUAUGAGUUUGACCACUAACCUAUAUUUACUAUUGAGAACCUGCAGCGAACCUACAUUUAAUUCCACACAUAGUUUUUUUUAGCAAUGAUUCUGUUUGCCAGGUUCUACCACAUCGUUACAUUUACUAGAACCUAAGAACCUUUUUAUAAUUGUUGUAUCCAUUUCAAUGGACCAUAGUUAGUUCUUUGACCAAAGAUUCCAGAUCCUUUAAUUGAGGGAUUUCAAAGACUACUAGUACACUAUUCUUUUAUUUAAAAUCUUUGUGUUCAGGCAUUUCAACUGAAAACAUUUCCUUCUUAUAGUAGCAUUAUUUUUUUUAUUAAUGUACAGGUUUACAAAAUAAUGGGCUUAGGUUAGCAUAGUCAGAGAGAAGCUGAGUUAGUGCUGCUGAUAACAUAAUGUAUAUUUUGUGAAGCACAUUGUAUUUAUAAGCCCUGGCAACGUUUAUGUCAUCCAUACAGAGUUAAAGCAGAGUUUUUAUCCAAUGUUUACAAAUGACAAAAAUAAAUAAUUUGUAAUGAUAUUAUUAUCUAGAUAAUGUUUUAUUUAUCUAUGUCUUUAUAAUAACAGUAAUAAUAAUGUCUUAUCUGAAGGAGGUGGCCAUGUUUUCAAUUAUUUUAACAUUGUGACAUGUUAUUCUCUUGAUAUUUAUGUAUGUACAUAGAAGCAUUUAUCAUUGGGAUUGUGUGCAUUUUUUAAAUUGUCUGCUCUUCUAGUUUAUGUUGUGAAAUGAAACAGUAAGUAGUAAAUUUUUUUUUUAUCAUUUAUACUUGACAACCAGCAGAAUCUCUUUAGAUCAACAUUUUUUUUAGUAAUGAUAGUCCAUCAUUUAAGUACUUCAUAACCAACAUUAUGUCAUUGUCUGUUCAUAAAUUAUUUUGUUUCCAAAAUUGCUGCCUGAUCUUGUGGUAUGCGCUCUGGAUUGUCAUCUUGAUGAUCCUAAGUUUGAACCCUGUCUGCUACUCAUCUCCAGCCAUCCUGAGGGAGAUUUGGCCAAGGAUGUAAUUAAUAUUUAAUUCUAAAGGAAUACCCAUGUCAAACAAAAAAGAAAAGAAAUGAUUUAUUACUGUUUUAAUUCCUUAACCCUUAAAGGGCUGAGCUGUUUUUCAGUGAGUGAAAACAAAAUGGAAUUAUAAUUCUGAUGUUUAGAGGCUAAACUACCAUACGCGUUUUAAGGGUUAAUGCUUUUUUUUUUCCCUUUUAGUGGUGCAAUCAUUUUUAAAGUAAAUGCUGACAUUUUUUUAGUAAAUGAAUUGAUUUUUUUUAAAUCUAAAUUUACUAUACUUAGGAGUAGCAUUGGAGUUUAUUGUCUAACUUGUGCUUACUGUCUCUAUACAGAAUGUUAUUUAUUUCUGUUUUAUUGAUGCUCAUGUUCUGUAUCACUUCAUGUACAUUUAUGUUUGGUUAAAGAAGUCAUUAUUUAAUGAAUUGCUGUGUGUGUGUAAAGAGUGUAAAAACAAAAACCUUUAAAUUUACAAAUGAACAAAUGUUGACAACUGUAUCCACUUUAUUAUUGUCAUUGUUGUAACAGAUACCUUUAGCAUUAUUAUCUUGUACACAGGGUGAGAUGUCAUGGUAACUACUUUAUAACAGUAAUACACUGUUUUGUUUUAAAUGCAUCUAUUUAGUUUUUUUUAGUAUUCUACAUUUAUAUGAAUUAGUUUGAAUCUACUCUUGCACAUGUUAGAACUUCUAUAAUGGUUUCUUUUAGGAUAAUAAGAAGUGUUGAUAGGAGACCAUUUCACCACUAAUGUACAAUACCUAGUUCAGUGAGCUUCAGGUUGGGAUUAGUGUAGGAACAUAUUUGGCUUUAUUGUAACACAAAACUCAUCCCAGUAUUUCUGCCUUGUAUCCAGGACAAAUUCAGAUUAACCACUGAGCAAAAAAAAAAAUAAAAGAUGACUAUUCUGUUUCUCAUGGACAAAAUGACAAAAUACAAUGUGAAAAGAUAGGCAAAAUAGUGAUAGAAGAGAUUACCAUAAUAAAGUAAUUGUAACUUUUUCUUCAAAUAUUUUGUAGAGUAAAAUCCAAACACAUAUUUGUUUUGGUAGCUCAUACUUUUCAUGUUUAUUGUUACAUUCAAAUCUUGAAAUAUGUUUUUGUAAGACAAUGGUGCUUUAUAGGCAGCAUAGAGUGCCAGUAGUUUGGUGUGAAAUAGUGUGGGGAGUAUUCUCACCGUGGAGCUGAGUCGUCUGUUUUGUUCAUCACAUUGAACAGAAUGCUUUGCUUUUGUUUACUAGACCUCCUGAUAAACAAGAAGAAGAUGGUUAAUGGGAACAUUUUCUAAAAACAGGAAAUAGAUUUUUUUUUCCUUUAUUAUGCUGCACCAGUCAUUUUCUGCAUUCAAAUUUCUGUUAGUAGCUUAUGAGCAAAAAGUGUACUGAGCAUUCACAUAAUUAAAAAUUUCUCAUUUACAAAUAACAACAUUGAAAAGGAUACUCAGCUUUUAAUAAGUAAUCUCCAUUAAUUCCCUGUCGUCUUCAGUUUCUUUGGAUUUCUUUUGUCUUCUUACUUAAAUAUACCUGGGAAAGAGUCCAGUGAAUAUUUACAAGAGUGAGAAAUGUUUUUUUUUUCAUAUUUUUUUAAAAAUACAAUUUUGUGUAAUCCUUUCACAAGUAAGAUGUAUAGUUAGAAUAAAAUAGUACUGUACUGGCCAGUAGACAUAAAACAAAAACACUUGCAUAGAAUAUUUGUUCUAUAUCUCUUUGUGGACUUGUUUCUGUGUGGACCAUGUCAAUUGCUUAUAUAAAACAAAUCUUUUCUUGACUUUCUGUUGUACACAAACAAAGCAUCAGGUUUACUGUUUUUUUUAUAUGCAUCUGCACUUAUACACUGUAUAACUUUGUUUAAAUUAUUUUCUAGAUGGUAGGGUCUUAAGUUUAUAUACAAUUGAUGAAGUAUAACUAUAAUGUUAAGGUAGCUGCAUUUUGUUUUUGGAUAUUUUGAUAAGUUUUUUAUUUUUAUGAUUAAAAAAACAACGUUUCUUACUAUCAUUUAGUGGCGGUAUUCUUCUAUUAUUACCAUAUAAAUCAUUUUUAUUUCUGAUUUUGUAAUUUUAUAAAAGGUUGUUUCAUUUCCUAAUGUAUACAAUUUUCUGUAGGUUCAUGUGUGGUAAGCAUGUUAAACAAACUUUUAAAUAGUAAUAUCAUUUUUUAAAGAAUGACAAUUUUUCUUGUGAGUAUUUAUUUAUGUUGUGACUAGAACAAUCCUUCUUAUAUAAUUUUAACCUGUUUCUAAUAAUAAUUUAGUAAUUUAAAUUUUUAGUUUUAGUUUCAUAAGGCUUCAAUGUUUGCAAAUGAUUUUAUUACUUUUUUUUAAUAGUUUUUAAAAAUCCAAAUCUGUUUCUUUUUUUUUUUAAAUAAUUUUAAUGAUUGAGAUUCAUACUUCAUUCAUUAAGUAAUCAAUACCACAAGUGUACAUUAAUUGGCCUUAAGAUGAUAGUCAUAGUGGAAGAUUUGUUUGUUUUUGUUUAAUUCUUCUCAAUUAUUCACUCCCAUAUUGUGUGCAAAUGAGGAAUUAAACAUUAUAAAUAUGUCAAUUGUUCCCUUGAUUUUUUUAGUUAUUUUUUUAGAUUUUUUUUUAUCUAAAAAGAUUAGCAGUGCUAUGUUCAAUUAGAUACUAAACUAGACUUUUUUUUUUUUGACUGCUGUAACUUGUAUUACCAAAAAAAAAAAGAUUUUAACAAAGUAAACAUGAUUUUAAAUGAAUACAUCACCAACUUAUCAAAGAAAAAUUGUAAAUGGUUUCAAUAGGGCGAAAGUUUUGAUUUCAGUCAAGAAAAGAAGACUGUCCACCUAUCUCGAAUAUCUAUGCCAUGCACUUAAAACUCUUUUAAAAAUUAUCUUCCAGCAGAAAAGUUUUUGCUUGCUCUUCACUUCCUGUUUGAAGCUUCAAAGUCUUGAAGAAGGGUAAAUUUGUUUGACAAUGCAGCACUUGAAAUACUUUGACUGUUAUAGUUAUACUGUCUUGUCACAUUGUACAUAUGUCCAAACAAAUGUCUUCAUUGAUCAGUCUUGUAUAGUUUUUAUUUCCACUGUCUGCCUCAUGUUCAAUAUUCAUUUCAACUGUACAACUUUGUAUUUAUUGACUUUGAUCCUAGAAGCUUGGCAAGUGCUGCUUCUUUUUAAAUGUUUGAAUUUAUUUUUAUUUUUACACACAGAACUAAUUUUUACCUCAAAGCUAUUUUUCUAUCCAUGUUUGUGAAAACUUGAUAGAGAAUGUCAUGUCAUUAAAACAAUGUCUCAUCUCAUAGACACAUUCAUUAUUGCUCUGACAUAUAUCCGUGUGCUGAUGCAAGCAAGGUAAUUGAUCAAAUCUAUUUUGUCUCCAUUCUCCUUUGUUUUGUAACAUGCAUUUUUGGUGUCUAAUGUUUGUUUUUGAAUCACAUUAUUUUUCUGGUCAACAAUGUAUGACUUAUAAAAUUUCUGAUAUGUCGAAGCAAAUAAAUUUUUUAAAUUA